CCUUCCCAACACUGCUGAUGGCAUCGGGAGUUUUAACAAACUACAGUUUUGGCAGCUCUUUGCCGCUGAGAGUUGCUCAUAUAUAAUAAGACGUGUGCAUGAUGGUACAUAGCAUUUCAUAGUUUAAAUGAUUCAUCAAAGGAAUCUAGCACCCAGAAUUUAAAUGAACAGUAAUUAGUUACAUCUGUAGCAGAGCAGUGUGUCUUACAUGGGUUAUUGUCAAACCUGUUACAAGCCCACAGUGUAUUUACUGUGUGUGUGUGUGUGUGUGUGUCUGCACUGAACUUAGAGGAUUAAUGUCCAGAACAGAUGGAGAGUUACCCUCCUUUUCAACACAUGCUGGGUAAACUCUCUCUCUCCUCUGUCUGUCUGUGUGAAGUGCUGUGACUGAAGCACUUCACACUGUCUUCAUUAUGUGUAAUUAUUCAUCACCUGGACCUGGAAUAUUCUGAUGAUGUUUUCCCUCAGAAUGGUUAAAGUGAACGUUGUUCUCCCAAUCUCCAGAUUGAUGUUUUUGCUUUCAAUUCCAGGGGUAACUUUGAAUAAUUCAUAGUUCAAAAUGGGCCUUCGGGUCAUCCUGUGUCUGAAACAAACUGUUUAGGCAGGGUUUCUGGAUCAUGUGCAUCUAUGACAUGAUGGAGCUUUAACCAGCCUGUGUGCAUGGCCUUAGUUCACAAUCAGUGAUCAUCAGCUUUGAGACAUGGCUGAAAUGCAGAAACCAUGACAAAGCUUUCACUGGUUUUCACAGAUGGUUAUAGUACUUCACUCUUCUACAUCUCUCCUGACCUCCUCUGUACAUAUUUUAUUAUAUUAUAUUUCUAUAUCAUAUGAUAGAAACAUUAUAGUGUCUGUUGUGUUAAUUGUCCAUUUUGCUGUUGCGACACAAACCAAAACUUUAACUUGCAGCUUUGUUGCAUUGCUGUGGGUCUGUGCUGAGUGGACCCCUGCAGCUCUCUGCUGUGACCCAGAUGAGGAGCAGAUUAUCUAAAUCUCUUUCAUCACUGUCAUAUUUAAGGGCCUUUUUCUGCUGUAAUGCACCGCUGCUGAGCCAAGCGUUGUCAUGGAAACACACGGUCAAGCUUACGCUAAACACCUGACAGCGCAAGAACGUAACAACAGAACUUUUCAUCCUGAGGUAAAGUGGUGGUAUAGCAUAAACAAAGGGUCCCUGCCUUUCUGCUACAUAGACCAUUGAUGAGAAGUGCUCCAAGCUCAGUACGAGUCCAGUUUGUCUGAGUGCACCAAUGAUUUUUAUCAUGCAGUGGCUAACAGCAAAUUUUAAACAUGGGCUUCUUUCAUGACCGUUUCGCUGCGAUGCUUUCCUCAACUAAUAUUUUAAUGUUUAAUCAAAGAAGUUAGAGGACAGUGUGUAUGUAACAGAUGGAGAUCAAAAGGUCCAGCACACUGCGUUAUUCAAACCCAGCUGGCAUCGAUAGCAGCUCAGACAGGUGCUACAAAUCAGGCCAGCCAACCCAGGUGGUCAAACGCGAUCCACAAGAAUCAGGAAACCAAGCGGGAUGAAUCAUAUUAUAAAGGAAUAAAAACUGAUAAACCUCAUAUAUUCAAAUCGGUAAGUACACAGAGUGAAACUUAACACAAAAUAAUAUGUGGCAUGACACUAUAUACACACUGCUCCGACAAAUUGAGAGAACACUGGAAAAAAAAAUCAUGCUGCAUAUCGAUACAGAUAUGGACUGCAUGAUGUGUUGGGAAUAAAAGGAUGUCACAUCGUUUCAGUAGUUUCUACGGCCUGCAUGCUUGUAUGCAUGCCUGACCCGGGCCGUGCUCGUAAUGAGAUGAUGGAUGGUGUCCUAGAGGAUCUUCUCCCUAAUUUUAAUGCAGCCACACGUCUCAAAAAGUUGGAAUAGGGCCAUGUUUCCCACUGUGUAGUAUCCACUCUACUUUUAACUCUACUUCUGGGAGAGGACAGUUUUCCCAUUCUUGUCUGAUAGAGGAUCCUAGCUCUCAGCAGCCCUGGCUUGUCUUUGUUCUAUUUUUGCUUUCUUGGUGCUCCAAAUGUUCUCACACACUGCAGGCAGGAAAGUUCAGCAACCAAACUCUUCUACUAUGAAGCCAUGCUGUUCGAGUAGAUGAAGUAUGCGGUAUAAGAUUAUCUUUCUGAAAUAUACAAGGCACCUCUGACAAAGACAUCAUCUGUAAAAAAGUGUAUAUUUCUGUCAGCAUUGAUUUCACCUUUCCAGAUUUUCGAGCUGCCAGUUCCAGACACUGACGCACCUCCGUACCAUCAGAGAGGCGGACUGAGCUGAAUACCGAUAAUGAGCCGGCUGGGUGCAGCAGUGGGCGUUGAGAUUCUCUGCAGAACUUCGAGAGUGUGCAACCAAAUACUCUGGAUCUCUGCUGCUGCAGAAGAAAUUGAAGGAUGUGGAGCCAAUCAUUAAGAUUGUAGAGGUGGAUGGACAAGACCUGGUGAAGGACUACUCUGAUGAAAUCGAACGAAUGUUGGGAAGUAAGAUGAAGUCGGUGAAGAGGUUAGCAGAAUCUGCAGAAGACUCAGAUUUGUACCAUGAAUUCAAUGCAACAUUAAAGUUUGAUUACUACAAUUCGAUGAUGAUCAACACUGCGGAUGAGGAUGGGAACUAUGUGGAUCUGGGUGGAGAAUUUCCCCUCGAGGAGAAUGAACAUUUUAAUAAACUGCCUGUCAACACUCAGAUGAGCAACAUCCAGGUUCCCACCAAUGUGUACAACAAAGAUCCUAACAUCCUCAAUGCCAUCUACAACACAGAGGCUUUAAACGACGUCUUCAUCGGUAACUUCCAGAAGGAUCCUACACUCACCUGGCAGUACUUUGGCAGCUCCACGGGUUUCUUCAGGAUCUACCCUGGUAUUAAAUGGACUCCAGACUCCAACGGUGUUGUAGCCUUCGACUGCAGGAACAGAAACUGGUACAUCCAGGCUGCCACGUCUCCCAAAGACAUCAUCAUCAUGGUGGACAUUAGCGGCAGUAUGAAGGGACUGAAGAUGACCAUUGCCAAACACACCAUCAACACCAUUCUGGAUACACUGGGAGAGAACGACUUUGUCAACGUCAUUGCUUACACAGACUACGUUCGCUACGUGGAGCCGUGUUUCAGAGGAACUCUGGUCCAGGCCGACUUGGACAACAGAGAGCACUUUAAGGUGUUGGUGGAGGAGCUGCAUGUCAAAGGCGAAGCAAAGAUCAAGAAUGCCAUGAAGGAGUCCUUCAAAAUCCUGAACGAGGCGAGGGCGAACGGUCAGGGCAGCAUGUGUAACCAGGCCAUCAUGCUGAUCACAGACGGCGCCAUGGAGGACUUUCAGUCCGUCUUUGAGGAGUUCAACUGGCCUGAGCGCAGGGUGCGAGUCUUCACCUACCUGAUUGGCAGAGAGAUGACCUUUGCUCAAAACACCAAGUGGAUCGCCUGCAACAACAAAGGUUAUUACACACACAUCUCCACACUGGCAGAUGUGCAGGAGAAUGUCAUGGAGUACCUGCACGUGCUCAGUCGGCCAAUGGUCAUCAACCAUGACCACGAUAUCAUCUGGACAGAGGCCUACAUGGACACUGUGCUUCCAAACACAGAGGAGCUUUUCGCCACCAAGGCUCAGAGUCUGCUGCUCAUGACCUCAGUGGCCAUGCCGGUCUUCAGCAAGAAGAAGGAGACGCUGUCCCAUGGCAUCCUGCUCGGUGUGGUCGGCUCCGACAUCCCGCUGAUGGAGGUGAUGAAGCUGGCACCCCGAUACAUGCUGGGAGCUCACGGCUACGCCUUCCUCAUCAACAACAACGGCUACAUCCUGUCUCACCCCGACCUUCGACCUCUGUACAAAGACGGAAAGAAACUGAAGCCGAAGCCAAACUACAACAGUGUGGAUCUGUCAGAGGUGGAGUGGGAGGACACAGACGAGCUGCUGAGGACGGCCAUGGUGAAAGGAGAGACAGGCACUCUCAGCCUGAACAUCAGAGCGUCAGUGGAUAAAGGGAAAAGGCCGCUGUACCUCACCAACGAAUAUUUCUACACCAACAUUGACAACACGCCUUUCAGCUUCGGCAUGGCACUGACCAAAGGUCACGGGAAGCUCAUGUUUAUGGGAAAUGUAUCUGUGGAAGAAGGGCUGCAUGAUCUGACCUCACCGGAUCUCACCAUCGCCUCUGAGUGGACUUACUGUGAGACAGACAUCGACCCUGCUCACCGAAAGUACUCACAGCUGCAGGCCGCCAUCCGCUACCUGCUGGGGAAGGAGCCUGACCUCGAGUGUGAUGAGGUGCUGCUGUCGCAGACGCUGUUCGACGCCGUGGUCACAGCUCCGCUUGAGGCCUACUGGAACACCCUGAUGCUGAACGACAGGGUGGAGCCAGGGGUUGAGACGGCUUUCCUCGGUACUCGAUCCGGCCUGAUGAGGGUUGUGAGAUAUGCAGGAGUGGAGACCAGAGUGGCAAAGAAGUUCCUGACUCCAGCUGAUAAAGAUAAUCUGUUCACCAUCGAUCACUUCCCGCUGUGGUACCGCCUGGCUGUAGAAAACACUCCUGGAAAAUUCUACUACUACCCAGUGAAUGACAAAGGAGUGAAGUACAUCAUAGCGACGACAUCGGUGACCGUGUCAACCGAGGGAAAGACGGCCAUGGCUGGAGCUGUCGGGCUGCAGAUGUCCUUGGAUUGGCUGGAAAAGCGGUUCUGGGCCAUCGCCAAGCAGCCCAACGACACAGAUUGUUCAGACAUUGAAGGUGUGUGUCCUCUCAGCUGUGACAGUGCUGAUCUGAGCUGUUACCUGGUCGACAACAACGGCUUUGUCAUGCUGUCCAAAGAGAGGAGAGAGAUUGGUCGCUUCUUUGGCGAGGUAGACGGGUCCAUCAUGGCUUCGUUGCUCAAGAUGGGAAUGUUUAAAAAAGUGUCGUUGUUCGACUACCAGGCAAUGUGCAAGACCGGCCACCAUCACGCCAGCAGCGCACGACCUCUGCUCAGCCCAUUCUACGUCAUCAUGGCUUUGAUGAGAUGGUUCUUCUCCAACGCGCUGAUGUUCCUGCUGGACUUUAACCUCUGUGGUCUCUGGCACUCUGAUUAUUUUGUGGAUGCCAAAGCUGGCUAUCACACAUCUCAUAAGCAGAAGAAGUUGGACGCGCUGCAGCCCUGCGACACAGCUUACCCAGGCUUCAUGUACGACCCGUCUGUCAGAGAGGCCAACAGCCUCAACAAGUGUGGACGCUGCCAGAAGAUGUUUGUGGUGCAGCAGAUUCCUGACAGUAACCUGGUUCUGGUCGUGACUCAGGCCUACUGUGACUGCUCCCGUCAGUAUGGAGCCAUUCUGCUGGAGCCCAAAGAGAUCAAAUAUAACGCCACAGUGAAGUGCAACAGGAUGAAAUCCCAGAAGGUGCGGCGGCGCCCUCAGUCAUGCCACGCCUACCACCCAAAGGAGAACGCUAAGGACUGCGGCGGGGCGGCAGCCAUCUCCCUGUCGCUCUCUCUCUUCUCUGCCUCUCUGCUCGUCUCAUUGGUCGCUGAGUUCUAAACCAAAAUGAACCCACUAAUCAAGAUGAACAUGACAGUGAGGCGGAGACUUAAACAUCCAGCAGGUAGCCAAAGGACUUUCUUUUUUUUUUUUUUUAACUUGAAUAAGAGACAAACUUGGACGGAGAAACUGUCUCAGCUGCUGAUCGGCCUCACUUUGCAGCACAGAUAAAGGGCUACACAAGGUUUUCUUUAAAACCUGUAAUAGACUCCAAACUGACUCUGGAUCAGCUUUGCAGUGGCUCUGCAGCUGGAGGAGAAAUGAUAGGGGGGGGGGGACCCCCUCCUGGACAGUGCAGCCUGUGCGUGGAGACGCGUUGCCAUUACACCCGAACAAGAAUGUAGCACCUUUGUAGCUUUUUGAUACAGAACUGAUGUGUAAAUGUAGAGUUUUACAGCCUCGAUUUACCAAAACUCUCAAAUUUGGACAAAAAAAAAAAAAAAAAGCUGAACUUUAAACACUCAAAGACUUUCUCAGCAGCUUUAAGGGUCAAAGGUUAACAGAAGAUGCCGCACGCCAUAUGCAAGGAAACGCUGUGACUCACUGAGGAGCGCGACGCCAGCCUGUUAAAGAUGAAGAUGGAGAGAAAGUGACGUCUCGCUGAUUUUGUUGGCUGAGACAGAAGCGGUGUCGCGGCUUUAGGUGGAAAUGAAGCUACAGCAUUCAGGGAUUAGUUUUUAUAGAUAAAGAUGUACUGGGACUGUUCGGAAUGUCAACACAAUAAAAAAAACAUUUUUCACUUUA